CAUGUUAAGGGGACCUGUAGAAUAAGGGGACACCAAACCGGGUUCCCUAAUAUUCAUGCUUAAUUUGUAUGCCAAAGCAACCUUGAUUAAUAGUAAAUUGUUAAUUGCCUAAUAAUUAAAGACAUAUCCUUACUGUAUCUUGUUAACAAUUUUUGUUCUGUUGCAUUUUAAAGAUUUAAAAGGUGCCACAAUCAUUGACCACAUAUAUGUCAAAAUACAUAAAAAUACGCAACAAGGGUACCGCGGAAAUUCGACGAUUUCUCCCAAUUUUGCCAUGUAUGUAGUUAAAAUUUUUAAAUCAUAAGUCACAAUGGUCAUUUUGGAAGGUUUUUGGAUGGUUUAUUUCGUAAUAUGGAAACACAUAAAAAUUCGAAUUUUUACCUCACCGUGAAGAAUUCAAUUUUGUCUACGCGCAUUUAUCAUCCGGGUACUUCGAACAUAAUCCGGGGAUUUCUAAAGAAAAAUGGCAUCUUGCAUUUUCAAUGUCACCGGUCACAAGAUGUUUUUAGUAAGUGGUUGCUAGUUUGAAAGUGGUUGCUAGUUUAAAAACUAGCUUUCAGAAGAUGGCUGCAUUGUCUUAUGGAAAACGCAUGCUGAAAGCAGGAUUGAAGAAGAAUGACCCUAGAAAGAGAAGGCGAUUGUCACCAGAGGAGGAUGCUAAAUUUUAUAUUCAGUCUGGUCUGGAUAAAGACGGAUUUCAAGUUAAAUACAUUUCUGAUUUCAAAGGUUUUGGUGUUUUUGCAAAAGAACAGUUCAAAAAAGGAGAGUUUUUGCUGGAAUAUUGCGGUGAAAAUAUUUCACCAGAAGAGUCUGCUGUUCGUUCCAAGAAGCUGGAUUGUAACAUGAUAUUUCAUUUUUUUCAUAAAGGAAAGCAAUACUGCAUUGAUGCUGCAUCUUGUGUUGACCAUAUUUGUCAGUAUGUGAACGACAACAAUGUCAAGGACGCAAACGCCAGGAUGAAACUACUGGAUAUCGAUGGGAGGCCGAAACUAUGUCUUUUUGCUACAAAAGACAUAGGAGUAGGCGACGAAUUGUCUUAUCCAUAUGGAGAUGACAAAAAUCUUUGGUGGAGAAAAAAGGCAUGUUCUGUUUAUGUUGAAACUUAAUUUUAAAAUGCUUAUUUUUUAUGGUUUAUUAUUAAAAAGAAUUUUAAUUAGGUAAUGCAAUGUCUGUUAAUCAAUAUUUUAUUAACUAGGAGUGUGCUAAAUGCCUGUUAAAUUAAAAUUAAACAAGAAAAUCUUAUUAGCUUAAUGAAUAGUAUCAUCUUAUUUGAUUUAGAGAUGUUUUUGCUGGACAGGCACUAAGCUUUUUUGGCUGGUUGUAUUUUGUGCAAAAUGUGCAUUGACUGUAAUAAUUGUGGAGAAGGGAUGUGAUGUGCAGUUGUAUAGUUCAGAUAGGGUAUACUGUAAUUACAGCUAAUUAUGAAAAUUUUGGAUGAUUAAAGCAUUCAAAGUUAUAUCAAUAUACCCCAGUUUCAGUGCAGAAAUGGUUUAUUAUAAAAAAAGAAAAAAAAGAAUAAGAAUUCUGUAAAUAUUUGAAUCUUUUAGUUUAGAAUAUUAAGGCAAGAAUUAACAAAAUGCCAAAGUUCUCAGAUGCCAGUUUAUGUUAUUUUUCCCUUAUGUUUGCAAUGGAAAUCUGUGACAUUCAAUUUUUAAUAAUGUCAAAUCUGAUCACGGAGUACGAGCACAAGUGAACGUUAAAAGUUUUUAAUAUAUUUCUUAUUGUAAGAUUUAAUGAAACAUUCAAAGUUACAUAAACAAUUUGAUACAUACUUUUAAAAAAUAAUUGUUAAAACUUAAAAAUUCAGUCUUAAAAAGAAUUUUCUGGGCAAAGUUUUUAGCAGCAGAAGCACACUGUUAAACAUUUUUUAUUGCUGCUCCAUUUGUUAUUCAUAUUUUGGUCAAGGAGCGGGUAUAAUGACUUUUUAGUGUGAUAAAAAAAUAUUUAAUUACAAAUAAACAUAAAAAUCAAUAUAAAUAAAAGCUUAUUUUAGGAUAUCUUUGGUCCUAUCCUAUAACUCACCAGGCCAUGCAGACAAAUUAUCAUACCAUGUCAAUAAGCGGUAUUCAAUUUGUCUACAUGGCCAGGUGUGUUAUAGGACUUUAAAAGUCUUAAUAUUUAUCAAUAAAAUUAAUGGUUAAGUCUUGCCAAUUAUCAAUUUAAGAUUCAUCCUUUUCUUUUAGGAAAAAAUUAUACCUGAUUUGUAUACCUAUGGUAAUUGGAAAAAUACUAUUUUUUAUUGUUGUAUUAUUUGAAGGUUUUACACCAACAUUAAUCUGCAUUUAGUUGAUAAAAUUAUUAUCAGUUGCUGUAUUUCUAUGUUUUGAUAACUUAUUCCAGUUAUUGAAUUAUCUGCAUUUAGUUGACAAAAUUAUUAUUAGUUGCUGUUUUUCUAUGUUUUGAUAACUUAUUCCUUUUAUUUUUUAUCAAUCUUUGAUGGCCAUAUUUAAGUUAUUACUAGUCAUUACUUUACUAAACUUGCAUGGAUGGCAUCUUAUGAUACAUAUACAGCUGACAUACUUGAAUGCUGAAUAUGAGCCAUCAAUUUUAGAUGAUGAAAGAGGUUAAUGUUUUUAGAGCAAGUGAAAGUUUUUUGGGCAUGUGCCCUUAGAUAGAAACAUCUAAAUGCUUUACUACACUUAAAUGGAUAAUACAUUUUCUCAUACUGAAGUACUUAAUUGUCUUUAAUGCUGAAUCUGACCCAUAGAUUUCAGGUGCUUGAGUUGUUUAAUGUUUUUGAACAGGUUAUAUUUUUUGGAGCAGGUGCCCUUUGAUGGCCAUUACUAAGUUAUUAAUUACUAGUCCUUACUACAGUAAACUUGCAUGAAUGGUAUAUCUUAUGAUACUUUAAAUGCAAAUGACAUGCUUGGAUCAGUUGGAUGUUUGGAAUCUGAGCAGUCAAUUUCAGAUGAUGGAGGAAGUUAAGGUUUUUGAAGCAGGUCAAAUAUUUGGAAUCAGGUGCUUUUUGAUGGCCACAUCUAAGUAAUUAUUGGUUCUACUCUUUGCCAAAUUUUGCUGGAUGAUGCAUCUUGUGGUAAUUAUGCACCACAAGGGAAAGGGGAAUUGGCCAUUAAUGAAUUGCUGUUUUCCAAAUAGUUUGUGAAUUUUUAUCAUAUUAAUACCCC